CUUGCUUUCUAAUCCUACUUCGGCUCUCACCAAUUUGUUGAUAUCAAAUUUUGGUUUCCAUUGUGUUGUGUGAGCUGGGCAAAUCAUCAGAGAGCCACAGUCCACCUUACCAGAGUAAGUUUCUUUUGUGUUGUAAGAACUGGGCACAUCAUCAGAGAGCCACAGACCACCUUACCAGAGUGAGUUUCUUUUGUGUUGUAAGAACUGGGCACAUCAUCAGAGGGCCACAGUCCACCUUACCAGAGUUAGUUUCUUUUGUGUUGUAAGAGCUGGGCACAUCAUCAGAGAGCCACAGUCCACCUUACCAGAGUGAGUUUCUUUUGUGUUGUGUGAGCUGGGCACAUCAUCAGAGAGCCACAGUCCACCUUAUCAGAGUGAGUUUCUUUUGUGUUGUAAGAACUGGGCACAUCAUCAGAGAGCCACAGACCACCUUACCAGAGUGAGUUUCUUUUGUGUUGUGUGAGCUGGGCACAUCAUCAGAGAGCCACAGUCCACCUUACCAGAGUGAGUUUCCUUUGUGUUGUGUGAGCUGGGCACAUCAUCAGAGAGCCACAGACCACCUUACCAGAGUGAAUUUCUUUUGUGUUGUAAGAACUGGGCACAUCAUCAGAGGGCUACAGUCCACCUUACCAGAGUGAGUUUCCUUUGUGUUGUGUGAGCUGGGCACAUCAUCAGAGAGCCACAGUCCACCUUACCAGAGCGAGUUUCCUUUGUGUUGUGUGAGCUGGGCACAUCAUCAGAGAGCCACAGUCCACCUUACCAGAGUGAGUUUCUUUUGUGUUGUAAGAACUGGGCACAUCAUCAGAGAGCCACAGUCCACCUUACCAGAGUAAGUUUCUUUUGUGUUGUAAGAACUGGGCACAUCAUCAGAGAGCCACAGUCCACCUUACCAGAGUAAGUUUCUUUUGUGUUGUAAGAACUGGGCACAUCAUCAGAGAGCCACAGUCCACCUUACCAGAGUGAGUUUCUUUUGUGUUGUAAGAACUGGGCACAUCAUCAGAGAGCCACAGUCCACCUUACCAGAGUUAGUUUCUUUUGUGUUGUAAGAACUGGGCACAUCAUCAGAGAGCCACAGACCACCUUACCAGAGUAAGUUUCUUUUGUGUUGUAAGAACUGGGCACAUCAUCAGAGAGCCACAGUCCACCUUAUCAGAGUGAGUUUCUUUUGUGUUGUAAGAACUGGGCACAUCAUCAGAGGGCCACAGUCCACCUUACCAGAGUUAGUUUCUUUUGUGUUGUAAGAACUGGGCACAUCAUCAGAGGGCCACAGUCCACCUUACCAGAGUUAGUUUCUUUUGUGUUGUAAGAACUGGGCACAUCAUCAGAGAGCCACAGUCCACCUUACCAGAGUUAGUUUCUUUUGUGUUGUAAGAACUGGGCACAUCAUCAGAGAGCCACAGUCCACCUUACCAGAGUGAGUUUCUUUUGUGUUGUAAGAACUGGGCACAUCAUCAGAGGGCCACAGUCCACCUUACCAGAGUUAGUUUCUUUUGUGUUGUAAGAACUGGGCACAUCAUCAGAGAGCCACAGUCCACCUUACCAGAGUUAGUUUCUUUUGUGUUGUGUGAGCUGGGCACAUCAUCAGAGAGCCACAGUCCACCUUAUCAGAGUGAGUUUCCAUUAUGUUGUGUGAGCUGGGCACAUCAUCAGAGAGCCACAGUCCACCUUACCAGAGUAAGAUUCUUUUGUGUUGUAAGAACUGGGCACAUCAUCAGAGAGCCACAGUCCACCUUACCAGAGUGAGUUUCCUUUGUGUUGUGUGAGCUUGGAUUAUCAUCAGAGAGCCACAGUCCACCUUACCACAGCGAGUUUCUUUUGCGUUGUAAGAACUGGGCACAUCAUCAGAGAGCCUCAGUCCACCUUACCACAGCGAGUUUCUUUUGCGUUGUAAGAACUGGGCACAUCAUCAGAGAGCCAUAGUCUACCUUACUAGAGUGAGUUUCCAUUGUGUUGUGUGAGCUGGGCACAUCAUCAGAGAGCCACAGUCCACCUUAUUAGAGUGACUAUACUUCGUGUUGUUCAGCACACCAGCAUUUUUCCACAGCCCUCCUUACCAGAGUGAGGUUCCAUUGAAACAGCGGACAGUCAGGAACAAGUUAGACGCCAUCAAUGUUCCCAGACAAUGAGACAGGAUAAAUAUAGCAUAUGCAUAUCAUAGUGUACUCUAUAAAUCUGAUAAAGUUAUUUUAUGUUAUAUGGUAAUCUGUUAUUGACGAAUUAAAUAUAUAAUCAUUACAAACAUAACGGUACUUGAAAAUUAUUGUAAAGAAAGAUACACAUUAGCUUAUUUUAUUAGUCAAAUACAAUGGUGAAUUUCAUGAAAAUAUACGAGUUUAAAACGAUUUACAUAGGUUAAUGCUGUUGUUAUUAACUUAAAUAGGUCAGAACUACUUGACAAGUAUGACAACUACAGACAAUAGACACGACACACGAGACCAGUAUAAUACAAGCGAGAGACACGAUACACGAGACCAGUAUGAUACAAACAAGCGACACGAUACAAGCGAACAACACCAUACAGACGAUAAAUAUGAGACCAAAAUAUACUUGAUGGGAAGAAAAAUUAGUAACUGGACCGACUUAUUAGAUUAAAACUGUUACAGUCAGUCGAUUAAAAUUUAGUUUUAAAAACGUAUUACAAUGUUUAACUUCCAUUUAUUAUUAUCUCUUUAAUAGUGGAAAUACAACAACUAAACAAGUCUGUAGACUCCUUUACUGUCGGAUAUGAGAAAUAAUGAACGGGAGAGUGGUGCUAGCCCUGUGUUUUACAAUCAUCUGUAUCACGUCUAGUAAGUUGGUUAGCACAAAUAAUAGCAGUUUUCUAAUUACGUAGGUAAUGCCCGUGUCACUGUGUUCAAUCGUUGCGUUCAAAUGUCAAAAGUUGCGCAAAAUAAAAUAACCACAACAACAGGUAACCACAACAACAGGUAACAACAACAGGUAACCACAACAACAGGUAACCACAACAACAGCUAACCACAACAACAGGUAACCACAACAACAGGUAACCACAACAACAGGUAACCACAACAAAAGAUAACCAUAACAAGGGGUAACCACAACAACAGGUAACCACAACAACAGGUAACCAUAACAACAGUUAAGAUAACAAGAGUUUCUCGUUGAUCGAUUCUCUUUAAUGGUCUAAUCACAUUAUUGGGAAUCAUAUUUUUAUCCAAAUUCGUUUUAUCAUGGAGGUGGAAAAUGGUAAUGUUUAUGUAAAGACAAAUAAAAGAAAAGAAAUUUAAAGACAGCCCACCACUAUAAUAUUUCAUUUUUCUGACAGAAGUGGCAUAAUGCCACCACUGACAUAUUUUAUCCUCUGGCAGUUGUAGCAUUAUACCACAGCUGACAUAUUUUAUCAUCGGACAGAAGGGACAUAAUGAUACCACAGAAGUAUUCUAGUAUAUAACAUAAAUGGCAUCAACCCAUCCUUUAUACUGUCGUGACACAGAAAUGGCAUAGUUUAACAUUUACCUAUUUCAUUGUCUGUCAGAGGUGGUUUCACAAACUAUCAGAGCCUUUCAGUCCUACAUUGAGGAUCCAGCUUGCAAAAGGUAUGGGGUGGCCCGUGUACGCACCGACAUUGUUAAGUUUACAGCCACACUUGACGUGACUGACAACGUGGAUCUCAAAUACUGGUUCCGUUUUAUAGUGAUGCACGAGACCCUUGAAAACCCAUGGACAUCAGUUUGGGAUAAGAUGGUAUGUGGCACAUACAUUUCGGUCAAUGAUAGUUGGUUUAAGAUAGCAAGUGGUACUUACAUUUCAGGGAGCGAUAGAUGGUCAAAGACGGUAAAUGAUACCUACAUUUCAGUCAGCGAUAAAUAGUCUAAGCUGGUCAGGGGUACAUACUGUUACAAGGUAGAGCCGUUUGCUUUGUGUACCCCACUAACCUAGUGGUAUCAGCUUACCAUCUACCAGGAAGGGUGAUGCGCUGUUAUCCUAUAAUAGCUCGACCAGCGUCUACCGCGGACGUUGACAUGCUUUUAAUGUCAAGCCACGUAAAAAUAAUUCCUCAUUAUUACUGAGUGUAUUCCUUUACAGCAGCGGUUCUAAACCUGUGGGUCGCGACCCCUUUCCCGCCGCUUUAGAAAAUCUGAAAACACAUAUUAUAUGCUCUACAGUUAUGAAGUAAAAUCGAAAAUAAUUUUGUGGCUGGGGGUCGCCACAACAUGAGGAACUGUAUUAAAGGUUUGCGGCAUUUGGAAUGUUGAGAAUCACUGCUCUACAGUUACGGAGAGACAAGAUAAGCACAUCGAUGCGUGACUAGCUAUCCGUUGCAUUUGCCAAGUACAAGAUAGCGUUAUUCAAAAGCUAGCAGCAAUAGUCAUUCCAGAAACUUAGACUUGUGAUAGCAUUGUUUAUAUUACUGUGAGUUUUAGAUAUUUUUAGUGUUAGACCUGUAUUCAUUUCUUGAUAUUAAGAUUGUAUGUAUCUUUGUUCAUAUUAUAUACAAUGUAAUACAGUACAUUGAUAAAGAGCACUGAUUAUCUUUUUUUUUUUUUUUUUAGCCAACAGUGUGUCUAAAAUCUACCUGUGUUAGCGCCUCUUCAAACCCCUAAAUCACAAGCUUUUUCAAAUUCAACUUGAACAAAAUAGGGGGGGGGGGGGCGUGACAGUACAUUUCAGGCAGCGAUACUUGGUCUAAGAUUGUAAUUGGUACAUACCUUUCAGUCAGAGAUAGUUCAUCUAAGAUUGUAAGUGGUACAUACCUUUCAGUUACCGAUAGUAGGUCUAAGAUUGUGAUUGGUGCAUAUAUUUCAUUCAAUCAUAGUUAGUCUAAGAUGGCCAGUGGUACAUACAUUUCAUGGAGUGAUAGAUGGUCAAAGAUGUUAAUAGGUACAUAGAUUUCACUGUGCGAUUGUUGGUCUAAGAUUGUAAUUGUAAAUAGAUUUCAGACAGCGACAGUUGGUCUAAGAUUGUAAUUGUUACAUAAACUUCAGUCAGUGAUAAUUCAUGUACGAUUGUAAGUGGUACAUACAUUUCAGUCAGCGAUAGUUGGUCUAAAGAUGAUAAUUGGUAUAUACAUUUCAGGCUGUCUUAGCAAGUUAGUCUAAGAUUGUAAGUGCUACAUACAUUUCGGUAAAUGAUAGCUGGUCUAAGAUGGUUAGUGGUACAUUCAUUUCAGCCGGUCAUGGUAAGUUGGUCUAAAAUGGUAGGUGGUACAUAAAUACAAGUCGGUUAUAGCAAGUUGGUCUAAGAUGGUAAGUGCUACAUACAAUUCAGUCGGUCAGAUCAAGUUGGUCUAAAAUGAUUAGUUUUAAAAUUCGCGUGCAUGAACUUUAAAUGAAAGAAAAUUGAUGGAAGGAAAAUUGUUUCUAUUUUGAAAGAAAGUUUGCUUAAAUGGGAAAAUGGGGAGAAAAAACCUGAAUUUAAUAACACAUUUUUUUUACAUUUCCUCCAUUUCUCACCUUUCUCACCUGAACAUUUCCUUAAAUAAAAAAAAAAUUAAUUAAAAGAUACAUAAAUGUCUUUAAAAUUAAUUUAAUUUUCCAUGAAAACAAAGUUUCCGUUCUAACAAAAUUCCGACAAACAAUUUUAAUUCCAACAAAUGUAUUUCGUAAAUGAUUCUUGAUUUGGCAAAAUUUAACGGAGACAUUACUGAUACUGAUAGAUUAUUUCAAUAUAAUAUAAUACUGACUUAUUUCCCUUGCGUCGCAUUUUAUUUGAGCGUCACUAGAACAUUACAAUUUGAGAGUCAGUAGGACGUGACAAUUUGAGAUUUACUAGGACAAGACAAUUCUGAACGUGUUCAAACUUAACCGAGAAAUUAAAUAUUUACAGUUUAGAAAACUUUUUUGUUGUAUUUUAGUCUUGCACUUUCUUUGAAAAGCUGUACAAAUCAUUUUGAAGUAGAUGGAAGGCCCUCUUACUGGAUAUUAACCUGCUGACGGUGAAAGAAAUGAAAUAACCUUGUAACCAGUCGCGUAGCUAGGGUCAGUGCCACCCGUAGCGGCCCAAGAUGUUAGCCGCCCCCCCCCCCCCCCCACCCCCCAAUCCCACUUCCACGAAAAUGCCAAGUCUCCAUAUAGAGACAAAAAAAAAAUGCCGUUCAGGGAGACCGUCCCUGUCGCCCCGGCCUGUGGGUGUAUCAUUCACAAACGCCCCUUUUUCAGGUCGACAACAUACUUUUGGGCGCAUGCAACGACUUCGUCUCCAAGAAGAGGGUGGGGCGGACGGAGUAUCAGACAUGCUCCAGAGAUCCACGGAACAGGAACUGGCUGAAUGUCGACAUAGCCACCCGGGCCAUCGCUAAAUUCAACAUGACGAAAAUCAUCGGCCUAUGGUACAAUAGGGACCUGGGAUACGUCAAGACGAACAUUGUGAUCAGAUAUCCCAGAGUCAUCGGUAGGUCAAACGGGUGGUCUGUGGUGAGAAGCGUGUGAUACUAUGUAUCACUGUUAUUGUGUGUAUUGGGUGAACUUUGUAACCUGUUUGCCCUGUGUUGUUAUCAUAUGGUGUGACAGGGCGUGGUGAGUUGUUUUCAUGAAUGUUUCAACGUGAAGGUGUGACUAUUGGUUGGACAACUGGAGUGAGUCAUCAUGUGACAUGGGGAAUCAAAAUAAUCGGAAUGAGAACAAAAGAUCAAUUGUUACACAGAACACAGACGAGUUGGCGUCAUGUUUUUACUAUUCCUUAGCGUCAGAAGUGCUAUCUCACCCACGCCAACAUUCGUUGAUGAGACUACCUUUCGGACUCAACUCUUCUGCAGAAGUAUUCGCUCAAAGGUGCCAGCAGGUUUUUGAAAGCAUUCCAAUUGUUAAAACGUAUAUGGAAGAAAUGCUUAUCGCUGGCAGAACUGUAGAAGAACACGAUGAACGAUUGAAGAAUGUUUUUUUCACACAGCCAGAGAGAAAGGGAUCAAACUGAAACCGUUCAACUGCUGUCUACUGGUCAAGGAAGUUAACUUUGUAGGCCACAUCAUUGCGGAUAGUGGAAUCAAACUUGAUCACCACUAUAGUGGAAUCAAACUCGAUCACCACUAUAGUGGAAUCAAACUCGAUCACCACUAUAGUGGAAUCAAACUCGAUCACCACUAUAGUGGAAUCAAACUCGAUCACCACUUUAGUGGAAUCAAACUCGAUCACCACUAUAGUGGAAUCAAACUCGAUCACCACUAUAGUGGAAUCAAACUCGAUCACCACUAUAGUGGAAUCAAACUCGAUCACCACUAUAGUGGAAUCAAACUCGAUCACCACUAUAGUGGAAUCAAACUUGAUCACCACUAUAGUGGAAUCAAACUCGAUCACCACUAUAGUGGAAUCAAACUCGAUCACCACUAUAGUGGAAUCAAACUCGAUCACCACUAUAGUGGAAUCAAACUCGAUCACCACUUUAGUGGAAUCAAACUCGAUCACCACUAUAGUGGAAUCAAACUCGAUCACCACUAUAGUGGAAUCAAACUCGAUCACCACUAUAGUGGAAUCAAACUCGAUCACCAUCAUAGUGGAAUCAAACUCGAUCACCACUAUAGUGGAAUCAAACUCGAUCACCACUAUAGUGGAAUCAAACUCGAUCACCACUAUAGUGGAAUCAAACGUGAUCACCACUAUAGUGGAAUCAAACUCGAUCACCACUAUAGUGGAAUCAAACGUGAUCACCACUAUAGUGGAAUCAAACUCGAUCACCACUAUAGUGGAAUCAAACUCGAUCACGACUAAGAUUGAAGCUAUACAAUAUACACCAUGUCCCUCAAGUCGCAAAGAUUUAGAAAGAUUUUUAUAAACGAAUAGUUUACUUGGAAGAUUUCUCCCAAAUCUAGCAGACGUAACUGCACCCAUUCGAGAGUUUAUCACCAACGACGAUAUCCUCGACGACGCGGUCUACAAAGAUAGUAAAUAAAUUACCCAUGGGUGUAAACAUAUUGUAAUUGAUGACACAUUCCAUAUUGCAGCUUUUAAAUUUUAAAUUCUAGAUUUUGCUGUAGAAAUGAAAUUUUUAAAAUUUAAAUUCUAGAGUUUGCUAUAGAAAUUAUAUUUUUAAUUUUUAAAUUCUAGAGUUUGCGAUAGAAAUAAUAUUUUAAAUUUUAAAUUCUAGAGUUUGCUAUCAAAAUGAUAUUUCUAAAUUUUAAAUUCUUGAUAUUGCUGUAGAAAUGACAUUUUUAGAAAUGGAACUUUAAAAAUUAUUUUGACCAUCUGACAUCUGACUGGCAAUCUAUAAUUAACUUAAUCUAAAAUUAAUAGGAAAUAACUUGUCAGAUUGAAUAAAGGAACUUCCUUUGACGGACAAUUUUUUGUUCAAAUGAAAUUUGUUUCCCUCUUUAAGUAAUGAUCCAUUAUGCUAUAAAUAAAAUAAAUCAACAGAACUUGCAACGAUAUCAAAACUAAAGCAAAACAUCCCUGAAAGGUUUACUUCAUAGAGAUAUAAUUUUUAUUUUUACUCAUUUGACAAAUAACUGCAGAUAUCAUUAUGAUUUGUAUUUAUGUUGAAAGUAUUAAUUGAACCAAAAAAAAUUAUUCGAACAAAUAUCUGUCACCGAAAUUUCGUUUCGGAUAAACUUCCACUCCGUCAACAUUCUUUCAUGCAAAAAGUGGUUUGGUACCAACUUCCGGUGACCCAAUUAUUUCAUGUCUGCCAGAAGCUGCCAAGGAAACUCUGAUGGUGGACAGUGACAUCAUGCCCGG